AUGCUCCAGGGUCCGUGUCGCUCCGGGCCCGCCGGGGAGCAGCAGCUGCGGCCGCCCCGCUCCGGCCCUCGCUGGGGCGGGUUCCAGGCGGGGCUGGCGGCUCGGCCCCCGCAGGGCAGGUCCGGGCAGGGAGCGGGGCCCGGCCCCGGGCAGGCUCUGCGGGAGCUGCGGAGGCUGAGGCGGAUGGCGGCGGAGCGGGGAGCGGGGCUGCGCAUCUUCCGCGAUGUGAAAGAAAUUGACUGUGUUCUUUCUGUCUCUCUUUUUGUUUAGAUAUUAAGAAGAGAGGACAAGAAUGAUGAUGGGAAACUGUCUUUUGAUGAAUUCAAAGCUUACUUUGCUGACGGAGUUGUGAGUGGAGAAGAACUGCAUGAACUUUUUUGCAGCAUUGAUACACACAAUACUGACAAUCUUGACACAGAAGAGCUCUGUGAUUAUUUUUCAAAGCAUUUAGGAGAAUAUGAAAAUGUUCUCUCUGUCUUGGAAGACUUAAACAUAACCAUACUGAAGGCAAUGGACAAAACAAAGAAAGACUAUCAGGAAGCUUCCAACUUGGAGCAGUUUGUGACUUGCUUUCUUUUGAGGGAGACACUGAACCAGCUGCAACAAUCCCUCCAGAGCUCCCUGGAGUGUGCCAUGGAAACCACAGAGGAGCAGACCUGGCAGGAGAGGUGAGCAAACCCCUCUUCAGCUGGGGGAUGGGGUAAUAAACUGUCUACCAGCAACUUAGUAACAUUUCAUAAAUGUUUAUCAUUUAUAUUUUCCAAAGGUUGGAUUGAGGAAGACAACCAAUGGGUGAUCCAGAUAAACAGACUCCAGAAGCUAACUGAUAGACUGGAAAAGAAGGACCUAAAGCUUCAGCCAUUUGAAGAGGAAGUUUUGGAAGAAAAUGAAAAAUCUCACAUAAUGAUUGUUCAGCAUCAAAUGUUGGUGAUAGAAGAAAAAGUGGAGGAAUUCCAUCUUGCUCUGAAACAGUACGUGGAAUCUGCUUCUGCUCAAGGUGGCUGCUUGCAUGUUUCCAUACAGAAGCUUCCAAGUAAUUUCCACUUCAUUGUUUAUGAGUUCUGGGAAAACAGCAAUGCCUGGAAUAGGUAAGUGAAGUCCACCUAUGGCAAGGAAUUCCAAAGAAGUAAUGUGGAUUUCUUAGAAACUCCAGAGCUCAUCACAACAAUGCUAGUCCCUGCAUCGUGGUGGGUCCUCAAUAACAACUAG